AUGCAGCAAACCACCCACUCACCAUGGACCCGAGAGUCUGGGAAGCGGUGUAACGAUCAACACGGGUCAGUCGAGCCUACAAGCCUUAAUUACAUCGAGGUCACAAGGCAACUCCCCUCCGUCAAUCGGACGCUGACCGGGGGACCCGGCGCCAAGCGGGCGGAUAACGAUGGGCUCCAGGCUGUCGACCACGGAGGACAAGAGCAAGAACCUGCAUAUCUUGCAUAUGUAAACUGUCAGGCACCUCGAUGGGAGUUCAUGAACCUGUGGACUUUUGGCCAUGGCCCACCACCGUGCUGGAUCGGACUAACGAACAUGAGUCAAUUCUCCAACAGAGCCUCUCCCGAGCAUGUUGUCAAUUGCCACUUGAACCGUGAACCCGAGCAUAUCCUCGCUAAGAAUGGGGAAGAGAUCGACCCUGGUCUCCAGCUCGGAAACGGAUGCACGCAAUGCCGUAUGAACUAG